AUGGCAUCUGCAUCCUCGGGAUCCUCUGCUCUUAACCCUUCGCCCGCUGCAUCGACGAGCCCUUCCACUGCUUCCGAGUCGUUACCUACCACCUCUACCGCAGCAGAGAAACCACCAGAUGAUGGCUCGAAACUUAAGAUGUUCUUGGGAAUUUUGCGAAAGUUUAUUGGAGUGGCAGAUAUUGCUUCCGUUCGAUUUAGUUUGCCGGCCCAGCUAUUAGAACCAACUCCCAAUCUCGAGUAUUGGAAUUACCUCGAUCAACCGAAUACAUUUGUGGCAAUAGGAGACUCGGACGAUCCAUUAGAUAGAAUGCUAGAAGUCUUGAGAUUUUGGUUUACGAAGGAUUUAAAAUAUGUCAAAGGAAAGCCUUGCAAACCAUAUAAUUCUACCCUUGGGGAAUUUUUCAGGUGUAAUUGGGAAGUUGAGGAUUCACAACCGGCUAUAGAGACGAUCAAAUUGAGUCCAAGUGCUUCGUCUUCGAAAAAGAACACUCCUAUGUCAUCAACAAAUGCGUCCAAUGUUACAAUUCCUAAGCCAAAACCCUCCGGUAAAAAAGUUCGAGUAUCUUACUUAACGGAACAAACUUCGCAUCAUCCACCGGUCUCCGCAUUUUAUGUCGAUUGUCCGGAGAAGGGUAUUUCAGCUAGAGGGUUCGAUCAACUAUCAGCGAAGUUCACUGGAACGAGUAUCAAGGUUACACCAGGGGAGCACAAUUUGGGUAUCUUCAUUAAUAUUGAGAGGAGGGACAAUGAGCAGUAUCAACUCACACACCCAGCUGCUCAUCUUGGGGGGCUUUUACGUGGAACUUUGAGUGUUACCGUGGGAGACCAGUGCUAUAUAACCUGCACUCAGACUAAGAUUAAGACGAUUUUGCAUUAUGUUGAAGAAGGAUGGUUAGGAAAGACGCAAAAUAAAGUGGAGGGAGUAGUGUUCCGCUACGAUCCGGACAAUGAUAAUAAAACUAGGAUAAAAGAUGUCCCUGAUAAGGAUGUAUUGGCAAGAAUAUCUGGAAACUGGAAGGACAAGCUAUACUUCACUUUGGGGCCAAAGGGCGACAAUCCAAUUCUUUUAAUAGAUCUCAUGCCGCUUCAAGUAGCACCGAAGAUUAUUCCUCCAACAGAGAAACAGCUACCCAAUGAAUCGCUCAAAUUCUGGUCGGGCGUUACCGAAGCUAUUAACUCUCGACAAUUUUCCCGAGCGACAGCCAUUAAACAAGAAUUAGAAGAAAGGCAGAGAGAGAAGGCUAAAGAGCGACAGGAUCAAGGGGUUGAAUGGCAACCGAGAUUUUUCACAGGAUCUGUUACACCAUUAGGUAAACCGGAUUUGACAGAUGAUGGAAAGGAGGUUCUACAUAUGUUACAACAGGGAGAAUGGGAUUUGAAGGAGAGUGAAGUUACUGGAGCUUAG